AUGUCAUCCGACUCUCCUACGCCUGAGCCUGUCGCUGUUGCUCCACCUCCACCUCUAUCCGCCCCCGCAGCCAAGCCACAGCGGGUUCUUUCAUGCAUUCUGUGCGCUCAACGCAAAGUCAAAUGUGAUCGCAAAUCUCCAUGCUCAAACUGUAUGAAGGCAGGCGUCCAAUGCGUCUCUGCUGCAACCAUUCCUCGUCAGAGACGCCGCAGAUUUCCUGAGCGAGAAUUGUUGGAGCGUCUUCGCCACUAUGAGCGUCUCUUGACAGAGCACAAUAUUCCCUUCGAGCCGCUGCAUGCCUCUCAGGCAAACCGCUAUUCCGGCCCAGAUGCUAUAGGUGGUAAUCAUGUAGUUGACACUCAAGCUAAAGGUACUACCCAAAAUACUGCCGAGCUAUCACGCCCAAGCCUGGCGACCGAGUCCACUCAAGCUAAGAGUUUUUGGAGUGCCAUGGUGCGCAAGUUGCAGUAUCCAUAUGACGGCGAAAGCCAGGAAAGUGACAAUGAGUCUGAUGAAACUGACCCCGUAGACCGCGUCCUCGAGCCACAAAAAAUCGUCAAGGCAUGGGAUGACCUCUUCGCUGAGGGACUAUACCGUAAUGAACACCUCUUGUUCUGCUCACGAACUGUCGGACUCGAGCUUUCGGCUCUCCAUCCAUCUCAGACGCAAAUCUUCAAGCUUUGGCAGCUAUACUUGGAAAAUGUAGAUCCAAUCUUGAAGCUUACUCACACUCCUACUCUCCAAGCACGCAUCAUCGAUGCUGCUGGUGAUGUGACCAAGAUCGAACCCAACUUGGAGGCUCUCAUGUUUGCAAUAUACUGCAUGGCUGUUUCUAGUCUUGAUCAAGAUCAAUGUCAGACCAUGUUCAGUGUGCCUAGAAUCGAGGUUCUCAGAGGCUACCAGUUGGGGGCCAGAGAAGCAUUGCUCAACUGCGGAUUUCUAAAAUCGAGCAACCGUGAGUGCUUGACUGCCCUUCAUCUCUACCUAUUUACGCUCAAGCCCGAGGUCGACCCGCGUUCGUUGUCGUCUCUGCUAGGUACUGCAAUUCGUAUUGCACAGCGCAUGGGCAUUGAUACAGAGGCCACAAAUACAAGACAUUCUGUUCUUGAGGCCGAACUGCGACGUCGGUUGUGGUGGUCCCUCGUUCUUUUUGACAGCCGCAUCGCAGAGAUGACGGAUUUCAAGAUGGCUACCCUCAUACCUACGUGGGACUGUCGCACUCCCCAUAACGUAAACGAUUUCAGUCUGCGCAAUGAAAUGAAGACUUCACCUACUGAGUCUAGCAAUAUAUCUGAAGCAUUGUUCGCCGUAGUGCGCUGCAAGCUUGGCGACUUCAUCCGGCACAAUCCUUCUCAUCUAGACUUCAUCAACCCAAUCAUGAAGAGUCUUGUGAAGAAGCCCCCGUCUAGUUCCUGCUCGGAAUUGGAGGACAUUACACUUUUCGAGUCUGUCUUGGAGAGCAAAUACCUCUCGCAAUGUGAUCCCCGGAUCCCACUGCACUUUAUGACAAUAUGGUGGACGCGUGUCUUUUUUGCAAAAACUCGGUUUGCGCACUACUUGGCAACGCGGUCGCCGAACCCCGAGAAUGAGACCGACGAACAACACGGUGCCAGCCUUACACAUGCUCGCGCGAUGCUGGAAUGCGAUACAAUGCUGAUGGGCUCCCCGCUGACCAAAGCUUUCCGAUGGAUCAUAUACCUACACUUUCCCUUCCCCGCUUACGUCCACUUAAUCCAAGAUUUGAAACGACGGCCGCUGUCAAACCACGCGGAUUUGGCCUGGCAGGCCAUGAGCGACAACUGCUCUAUUCGCUUUUUGGGCCUCCACAAUAAGGACAAUCCUAUGGAAUCGAGGCCUAGAAAUCCUUUCUUUGCAAUGUUCUCGGAGCUCGUACUCCAAGCAUGGGAGGCGCGCAAAGCAGCAUCCAUACAUUCUGAACCACCCUUGCUUGUCAAGUACGUCACCCAAAGAUUACCGCGUAUGAGUGAAAGAGAGAUGGAAUCUUGUGGGACUGUAGAAUCGGGUGGUAUUCCGUAUACAUCCGGGCUUAUGGACCUAGGUAGCACUGGCCCAUGCUACAGCCUGACUGAAACGUUCUCGAUGGCACCUGCGCAAAUUUCGACCAGCUUCAACAACAUGCAGUGGGCCUGGCCAGCGCCAAAUUGGGGGGCGGUGCCUGAGCAAAAUUGGUGA